UUUCCAGGACACAAAUUGUUCCCUCCGAGCGGGGAGACCCGGUUUUAACGCCGGAAAUGAGUCACCGGGCGUGAUGUCACAAAACGGGGAGGGCGCCCGGCUUCCCAGAAGGCACUGCUCCGCGCGUCCUCGCAACUGAAGGCAGUGCUUUCCAGUACUCUCCCGCGGCUAGUGAGGAUUUUCCGAAGGGCGAGGCAAGCGUCAGGCCUCUUGUCCCUGGUUUUCUGGUCUCUUCCGGAGUUCAGGCGUCUGAGCCGUUCUCAGGCGGAGAGACUCCGCGAGCUCGGCUGUCUGGUGGAUUUCCUUCAAUAAGAGGAGGCUCUAGCAACCCCCAGUAAACGACUGUGGUGUUUUGUUGUGAAGCAUGAUGGCUACAAAAGUGGUUCCGAUAUCCCCAAAACCAAAGCAGUCUUUUGUACUCAGAGUUCCUCCAGACUCCAAGCUGGGCCAAGACCUCCUUCGAAAUCCCACCAAUGGCCCCAAGACCAUCCACCAGCUGGUGCUAGAACACUUCCUUACCUUCUUGCCCAAGGCAAACCUGGUCCAGCCCAAUCAGAAAGUCAAGGAGACCUUGGUUGUUAUGAAGUAUAUGAGUUCAAACUUUCAGAACAGAGUGCAACCUCAUCCUUUAGUGAAGCUUCUGCCUAGAGAAGGAGUCCAGCAGAAACAGGAGACAGUAUCUCUGUGUUUUAAAGCUGACUGUGAGGAGCUGGUGAUCUUUGAGGAUUUGAAUGUAUUUCACUCCCAAGAAGAAUGUGUGAGCAUGGAUCCUGCUCAGCAACCCAUCUCAGAAAAGGAAGGUAACAGUGAUGUUGGGAAGAUGAUGUUACUGGUAGUCAAUGACAGUAGUCCUGUGGGUGAAGAUCUUCAGAAGGAAGAUUAUAAAGAAAAGUCUUCAGGUGGUGAUGGGAUGGACUGUCUCUUGGUUUCUGAGCAACCUCCAGGUUGCCAAGAAGAAAGAGUAAAUAUCUCUGUUCCACAGCAAAGGAAAUUGAAAAGUCUUUUAGUUACCAUUGAAAAUGAUACUCCACUAGAUGAGCUCUCAAAAUAUGUGGACAUCAAUGUUAUUGCACUUACUCGAAAUCAGAGAACAAGGAGGUGGUACACUUGUCCACUUUGUGGGAAACAGUUUAAUGAAAGUUCUUACCUUAUUUCCCACCAGAGGACUCACACUGAAAAACCCUACGACUGUAGCCACUGUGGGAAAAGCUUCAGUCAUAAAACAAAUCUGAAUAAACAUGAGCGAAUCCAUACAGGAGAGAAGCCUUACGCCUGUUCUCAGUGUGGGAAAAACUUUCGUCAGAAUUCUCAUCGGAGUCGUCAUGAAGGAAUCCAUGUAAAGGAUAAGAUAUUUAAGUGUCCAGAAUGUGGGAAAACCUUCCCAAAGAAUGAAGAGUUUGUGCUUCAUCUGCAGAGUCAUGAAGCCAAGAGACCAUAUAGUUGCAGAAACUGGGAGAAGAUUUGGUCAACUGUCCAGCUGCACCCGGCAUGAGAGAACCCACUUGGCAUGUAAGACCCAAAAGCACAAGUGAGACCAGGGUAGGUCCUACUGCAGCCCAAAAAGUUCUGUAAGGAAUUUUGAAUUCCUAGGCUGCCUAAAGAGAUAGAGAUACGUGAAAACCUCAUGAGAGUCAAAAUUGGGAUGAAUACCCAUAUUGGCUGAAACCUCAAAUUCUUGGAAAAUCCCAGGGAAUAAAACAUCCUCAGGGGCUAUACCUCAGUUGUCAUCCAGGCUUUUUGGACUUAGGAACUUUCUUUGUGAAGUUGUGUAACAGUAUAUAGGUCACAAAUCCAUUCCCAAGAAGACUUUGAAUGUGAAUUAGCCUUGAGGCUGCUUACCUGCAUUUCUGUUGAAAUAGGUACACCCCUACGCACACCUACACACACACGGGAAUUCUUUCCUUGAGAAAGGAGAAAAAAUGCCAAGGUCCUUAUGUAGGACUAUAGUCUUCUCAACCAGACUACUGAUUUGUUAAGCCAGCAGCUUUUUUUUUUUAGUACCAGUGAUCGAACUUGGGACCUUGCAGUUUCGAGGCAGGUGGUGGACCAGAGCUAAACCCCCGGCAAAGGGUUUCUUUCUUUUUCUUUUUUUUUUUGAAGCCAGCAGCUUCUAAUAGCCAUUCCCAUAACUCUCUGAACACUGAUAAGGCUCUAGUGUUGAAUUGUUUACUUUGUUUUUUUUGGUAACGGGGAUCGAACUCGGGACCUUGCGCUUGCAAGGCAGGCACCGAAGCCGCUGAGCUAAAUCCCUGGCCCGAAUUGUUUACUUUGGAAUGUAGGAAAUCAAUAGCUUCUGAUGUCAGAGACUUUGUAUGUAAUCUAAAGUAACUAUGGGCUGGGGAUUUAGCUCAGUGGUUUUGCUGCCUGCUGCACAAGCGCAAGGACCUGAGUUCGAUCCCCAGUACCAAAAUAAAAUAAAAUAAAGCAACUAUCAAUUUGAAUAAGAUUUGUAAUUUAUGGUGAAAGUUGGCUCUUUUACAGAAAUCCUUUCCACGCCAUAAAUGUGUCUACUAUUCUUUCUGUAUUUUGUUCAGCUGUUACUCUCUCAAACAGCUGUCUUGUGCCUCUCCAUUGCCAAAAGAAUUUUGGAUCACUUAGGUCUGGCCAUCCAGUCCCAUUGGUGGAUAGCUCUUGAGGAUCUUGUCCCUCUGCUAAGCCAAAGCUUCACCUGCUAGGACGGAAGCCUCAGGAGCCCGAAUAGGAAUGACAGACCUAAAUAUAGGAAGACUUAGGCUUGGAUCCAUGACAAAUCAAUAACCAUACUUAUGGGGCUGGGGAUUUAGCUCAGUGGUUUCGCUGCUUGCUGUGCAAGCGCAAGGACCUGAGUUCGAUCCCUGGUACCAAAAAAAAAAAUAACCAUACUUAUGCUUAAUUCCCUUUAUGGUCUCAUCAGACUUUUGGAAAUGGAGAGGUUACUACCUCACAAAGCAGUUUUUAAAAAUUAUGUCUCUACUGGUUAGCUCACAUUGCCCCACAAGAGACAGUAUUCAGGUGUCUCCAUUGUAAUGGGUGGUAAGUGUCUUUGGCCUCCUGAUACCCAGACCCUCCUGUACUCUGCCUAGUGGCAGAGCCAGAGGUGCCUUCACAGGACCCCUCCUGUGGUGCAGUUAGGGAUUCUUGGUCAGUUUGCUUGAUUUUGUUUCCUGAAGUCUUACAUUGGUAUUUUGGUUUGAAGGGGUUCAUCCUAUAAACUGUUUGAGAAAAUUUAUUCAUGUUUAUAGAUUUUGUUUUCCAUCCCCAAACAUGCUUUUCUAUAUUAUUAAAGUAUUAUAUUUCUGAGUAAAUUUUUCUAUUUUUUCAUUUAAAUUCUGUGCAAUUUUGUUAUUUGUAAAUAGUUUUUCCCAU